AGGAUGUGAGUCUGGAGUCACCCGUUGACUGGACAGAGGGGAGCAGACUGGCCUUCUGUAAUGGAGAUGACCAGGAACAAAGUCUCAGCUGUUUCUCUGAUCAACAAAACAGAGCUGACACAUCCGUGGCUGGAAAUAAAGAUCAGCUUUUGGCCUUCAAUUUCCCUUCAAUAAGUGAUGCAGUUGUUCCAUGUCAGCAGGAUUUACUUCAUUCACAAAAUGCUCUCCGCAGCACCACAGCAUUGAAGUGUAGUGACAGAUUUCCCCCAUAUGCCUUCACUUACUGCAGCCGUGUGCUGGAGGGGUUUGACACUUUCGCAAAGAUCCAACUCUUACCAGAUGAUGAGGACGAUGAUGUAGCCUCUGGCUUGGGCAAUAUGCCGGUCCUCACCAGCUUGCCCAGACAACUGCUGAAAACACCCCAGCAACAACUUCACAUGCCAGUGGCAAAGAGUGACAAUCAAAUGGAGGUACCAGGGGAGGAAGGAGAUGAAGCAGGCGAAGAAGAGGAGGUGGAAAGAUUUGAGUGUCACACUGACAACAGGAGAAACGGAUCUGUCAGCAGCGAUUUAACUUGUAACGAAGUCCCAAGCUUUACCCCUGCAGCAGACAUCAUUGCCCUCGGAUGCCCAGAGCAACAGCCUAACUGUGGAUCAGUCUGUGAUUCCUCUGAGGACACACAUGAUGAGUUGAAACCACAGUCGGUGCCUCCUGCUGUUCCCAGUGAAGGCCUUUCCUCUGGUCUGAACAGCUGCUCUGAGUUUGAAAUGAAAGAACAGUUGGACAGGGUCUUAAAAGAGCUGCACUUAUUUUUUGAGAUCAGUAAGAAUGAUUUUGCAGAAGACCGUAGAUCUCCACCCGAGCAGCAGAGUAAAACACCUCCAACCUUUGAAAGGAUCACAGUAAAAUGCCCAGAUCACCUCAGCAGCCCCAAACUGGGACAUCAUAGAAACACAUCAGCAGAUGAAGCUGAUGAAGACCUCAGCAUGGAAAUAUGUGGAGGUGAUUCAGGGGUUUCUCUUACUGCUGUCAGCAGCGAUGGGGAACAGGAAGUGCCCCUUAACAGACACCCCUACCGGGAGACGUCCAAGGACACUGCAGAAAGGCACAAAGAGCCCCGGGAGAUGGAGCAGAAAGGGAAAAUUUGGUGUCCGUCCUUCAUGUGUCAGCCUCUCCUGCAACAAUUGAGCCACAGACCACCGGAGCAGCUCAGGAGGCUGAAGCCUCUGAAAACAUGCACACGUCCAAUCCGGGUUGGACUUUCAAGAAGAGCCAAGACCAAACACCUGCACUGCUUCCACCCCUACAAACAUGAGACAUGAUGCAUCAGGUGAUGAGUGUGUGGGCACAUGAUGCUCUUAUGAGGUUCCUAGGUGUAAUGGUUGGGUGUGUUUGGAUAGAGUUAUUCCAGGCUGUGCUGUUUUUUUAUUUUUUACUUUACUGCUCAAAACACCUCAUUUCACUCAAACAUUUACAUUUCCUCUCAUAAAAUCCCAGUUUGUUGUCUCCUGUCCGCAUUUACUGAGUUUAUUUCUUUUUAGUUGAGAAAAUUUUACACAAUUAUUUAUACAUAUUUAUCUAUUUAUUUAUAUGUAUUUAUUAACUUUAUGUGAACCAUGAUUGUGGUUUGAAUUGUUUGUUUAGUAGGUUUACUGGUUCCAGUUACACGUUCUUUAAAUAUAUUAUCUCUGUCGUUUUUACAUUAAUCUGCAUUAAAGGAUAAAUUUACAUUUAAUUCAGGCUUAUUACAGAUAAAACAUCUGUGUGUGUUAUAUUGUUAGAAUGUUAAUAACACUGUUUCUGUUCUACGUGGCUGUUUUCCAUGCAUGCAUAAGUUGUGUGUAUAUUGUGUUUUCUGUUAUUUGUAGCAGGAAUGGUUUCAGAUGUAUUCAACAUAUCCUCCAGUAGUUCAGUGGGAGGUUUGCCGGAGUUUUUAUUGCUAUGGCAGUUUCCUUGGUCUGCUCUUUAUUAGACAAUGUUUUUUUCUAAUUUUUAAAUGUUGUUUUUGACUGUUUUGUAAGAGCAGCAGUAAGUGAUAUCCUGCUGUGUUGAACUACGU